UUGUUUACUGUCUCAUUUCGCAUAUAAUGUAUUAUGUAUUUAAUUGGCUACUGAACUGACCGGGAUAAAGUAAAGGAAAACUAGGUCUCAUUAUCACAACGACUACUGACGUAAACAGCGCAUGUCGUCAUUGUCUCGCACAGGAAUACUGGUUACAAUUUGUUUAUUUUAAGUUAAUCGCAGCAAGUAUUCCUAGUAAAUUGAUUGCGAUUGCAAUUAAUUACCUAGGCCGCCAAUCUUUUGAACUGUACAGAUAUCAGCGCGAGUCUUCAAAGCUAAAGUUGUGGUAAGCACUCUCGCGCAGUCUCUACACCGCGCUCGUCGCUGCCGCUCGCGCCGCUCGCCGUCCUGCCACGCGCAAAAACAGUGACGAUCCAGUGUCUAAAAUGUCGUGCCAAAUUCGAAAAUCAGUGAAGUGCUAGCAUAAUGCCCGAGUGUACGGAACAGUUCACAUUCGCCAUACCCAUCAUUCGCUACACCAUGGAUGGCCAGGAGACGAGCGAGGAGCGGCAGCCGCUAGCGAAGAAGAUAUCGUUGCUCACGCCCGUAAAGAUCGAAACGCCGGAUAACGGGAGGAGAUCCUCGGAGCCAUCGAGGUACUACAUACCGCCACAGUGCAACAACAGAUUGUCACCGCGCAGUGCUAGAAAACGUGACGCUAGACGGAACUCUAAAACUGACGUGAACGAUGACUGUCCUAAAGACUCCUUUGGGCUCAAGCCGUGUAACUGCGAGGAUUGCCGUGCUUCCAGCCCCUUGCCUCCAGGAUACGGUCCGGAAACCCUGUCUCCUGGCUACGACCAGAUGAAGCGGUCUCUCCUGGAAGUGCCCUGGUCUGAAGACUACGCCGAAGCUUCCAGUGACGAUCUUAGCUCUGAGUGGGAUUCUGAUGUUCCUGAACCACCGCCGCCACAGAAGCAAUCGGAAAGAUGGCGUAAACUCCGAAACAUUGUGCAGUGGACGCCGUUCUUCCAAACCUACAAAAAGCAGCGUUACCCUUGGGUGCAGCUAGCUGGCCACCAGGGGAACUUCAAGGCGGGGCCUGACCAGGGAACCAUACUGAAGAAGCUAUGUCCGCAAGAGGAGAGAUGUUUUCAAUUGCUGAUGAAAGACAUUCUUCGGCCGUUCGUCCCGGAAUACAAGGGCCAAGUCACGUGCGACGAUGGAGAACUAUAUCUCCAACUCCAAGAUCUGCUGAGCAACUUCGACUCCCCCUGUGUCAUGGACUGCAAGAUUGGAGUCAGGACAUAUUUAGAGGAGGAACUAGCUAAGGCCAAGGAAAAGACGAAGUUAAGAAAAGAUAUGUAUGAGAAAAUGAUUCAAAUAGAUCCCAAAGCGCCUUCUGAAGAGGAGCACAGAAGUAAAGGCGUCACGAAGCCCCGUUACAUGAUCUGGAGGGAGACCAUCAGUUCCACUUCGACUCUCGGCUUCAGGAUCGACGGCGUCAAGAAAGCUGACGGCACUAGCUCCAAAGACUUCAAGACUACUAAGUCCAGAGAUCAGAUCAUGGAGGCGUUUAAGGAGUUUACCAGCAAUUUUCCUAAUGCCCCGGCCAGAUACUUGGAAAGGUUAAAGAGCAUCCGCGCGACUCUGAUCGAGUCCCACUUCUUUAGAACACACGAGCUGAUCGGCAGCUCCCUACUCUUCGUUCACGACAAGCGGCGCGCAUCCAUUUGGAUGAUCGACUUCGCCAAAACUGUCCCAGUGCCCGACAACGUCAACAUAGACCAUAACUCCUCUUGGAAAGUAGGAAACCAUGAAGAUGGUUACCUCAUCGGAAUUGAUAACCUCAUAUCAAUAUUUGAAACUAUGAUAAAUGAGAAUGAAACAAACACAGAUCAGAGUAUAGAAAAAACAGUCAGACAGGACAGUUUAGCAACUUGAUGCUAUUUGACUAAGUCUGUCUUUUAGACGUGACUUGUGCUGAGCACAUUUUUGCAGUUUUGCAUCGCGAGUGACAUUCGCUUACCGAAGUUGUUUUACGUAAAUUGUAAUCAAAAGUGGACGUUACUGUUGUUUGUAAAUAUGACUUAAGUAUUAUGACCCUUCCGGUAUUGUUGCUAAGACGUUUCAAAUACUCAUGCUUAGUUUAGGGACCCGCAAUUUAUUUUUAUUGACAAAUUUAUUGUUUAGUCUGAACUGAAUGUGGAUUUUUUAAUGUGUUAAUGUAUCAUGAUUCACGUAAUAAUUAGUUAUUUAUUUUGUUGUAAGUAUCUACACUAUAUUAGUGUAAUGACUAAAUAUAUUUAGAUUUAUAGGUUACGUAAGACUAAGUAAUCUGGAGAUACAAAUUAAAACAUAAUCACAUA